AUAUACUCUUUUUAAUUUGUACCUAUAAGUACUCUUUUUUAGUUGAUUUUUUUGCUAUAUGUAUAGGUUAUUCUUAAUGGAUAAGAGUUGGAUAAACAUAUUGAAUAGGAAUGAUCCUCUAUAUGAGAACGGAGCCAAAAAGUUUCUUCAUUUUGCCUCAUUAGAUAGGCCUAAUGCAUCUGAAAUCUUGUGUAUAUGUCGGAAGUGUCGUAAUAUGAAAUUUAUCCCGAAAGAGUUGAUUGUUGAACAUAUUAUGGUUGAUGGAUUUCUACCUAGUUAUGUUAAUUGGAUUUUUCAUGGUGAGACAUCAUCUUCAUCAAUGUCUGUGGAUAGAUUAGAUAUAGGUGAUGAAAUACAAAGCCUUGUGUAUGAUGCUUUUGGAGUUCCUCCUACUAGUAACUUUAUUAAUAUGGACAUUCGUGGUGAUAGUUUUGGUGGGUCAAAUCAACAUAAUGUGGGAUUUGAUAAGAAAACUGAAAAGUUUUUUAACUUAUUGAAAGAAGCUGAGCGUGAAUUAUAUCCUGGAAGCAAAUAUUCACUUCUUUCUUUUCUUGUUCGUCUAUUAUAUUUAAAGUAUCUCAAUGGGUGGAGUAACAAUUCAUUUUCCAUGUUGUUAGAGUUGUUAAAAGAUGUGUUUCCUAAAGGUGAAAUAUUACCUAAGUCCUUUAAUGAUGCAAAAACAAUUAUUAAAGAUUUAGGACUCGAAUGCAAAAAAAUACUUGCGUGUUCAAAUGAUUGUAUGUUUAUGGCCCUGCAUAUAAGCGAUCCCAGGCUGAGCAAAGAGAUUUUGAUAGAAGGGUUGAGAUAGAAGUUGAAAAAGCUACAUCCGUUAUGAGAAUUGCAUUGGAAGAAAAAUUGUCUGAAGCAAAAAAAGAAAUAGAAGCGACAGAGAAAAAGUUAUUUGAAUCAAAAGAAGAAAUAAAAGCGAUGGAGGAAAAAAUGUUAGAAGCAUCAAAGGAUAUGGAUGCAAAAAUAGAAGAUAAAGUAAAGCUAGGUAUAAAUGCAUAUCUAAAAUCUUUGGGUAUUACUAUUGGCUCAAUUAAGAAAUUAUCUGGUGAUGAGCAGGUUUCUGAUAACUCAAUGGACGAUCACCAACAAUCACUAUCACCUGUUUCACUUGUUCACACAAAGAUGGUUAACAUAAUCAAGAAGACUAGAGUUAGUGAAGUUGACACAAAGAAAAAAAAGCGGGUAAGUGUGAAAAAAUUACAAGGUUCUUGGGCGGUUGCGUUCACUUUCUUGGAUUUUUUGCUUUAUGUUGUCUGUUUCUUUCUCUCUUCAGUUGCUAGUAUUAUAUUCAUUAUUAUUUUGUUUUUCUUUUAGAACAUGAAUCCGUUAUUAUUUUUGGUAUUCCAAUUGUUUUAGAGGAGGAAAGAAUUCACUUUAUUAUAAAGGUAUAAUUCUUUUUUUUUAUUCUUGUGACUUCUUGUACAUCAUUCUUGAAGGAAGUGAUGUCAAUUACUGGUAGUGAAAAGCUUGACUUGUGGAGAGUUGAUUUUAUAAGAUUUAGUCUAGAAGUUGAGGAAAAUUAAUUCGAAUUAGGAGCGAUCUUAAAGUACUUACACAUUGAAAUUACUAUCUUUUAUGAUUUAGUUAGAUUUGGGUUUUACGUGAGAACAAAUCAUUUAAUUUGACAUUAUCUAUCUUGUACUAA